UACCAUGAUACUUAAAAAAAAAAAAAAAAAAGGUGGUGACUCACAGGUCUGCUCCUGGGCUUCAGGAAAGGAAUUGGAUGAUAUUUAGCUCCUCCCACAAAAAUUCUAGAAAGUUUUCCAUUAACCGAGGAGCUCAAGCAGACAGGUCCCGCCAAGUAGGAUGCUGUAGGACGGGAAUUCAGAGAACUUUUCCGAGCUGAGGAAACAGCUCUUCGAGGAUUUUUAGAAGCCGCGGGAUCCGGAAUCAGCGCAACCCUAACUCCAAGAAGUCUCCUUUACCCCGCGCUCCCUCAGCCUCUGCGGCCUGGGCAGGUCGCACCCCAGGUCCCAGGCCAAUCCCAGGUCGCAGACCUCGGCCUAGGGUCCCAAAGAUGCGCAAGUUACCAGCCUUCGUCGUCCUGCUACUGAGCAUCUUCUGCGGAGUGCUAGCCAAGUCAGUCCGUCAUCACCCAGCUGACCUCCAGAAUGUGCAGCAGAGCCCAUCAGAAGGAAAAUGUCAACCAGGGUCCUACCUGUCAGAUGAGGAUGGUUGCGUGCCCUGCAUGGAAGGUAUAGAGUAUACCAGCCACGCCAACAGUCUGCCUUCGUGCAUAAAGUGCAGCAUCUGUAGAGCAGAUGAAGAUGAAAUAGCGAGAUGCAACUCCACCCAGGACACCAAGUGUGAGUGCAAACCAGGCACCUUUAAAGAUGAAAACUCUCCUGAGUUCUGCCAGAAGUGCUCCAAGUGCCCUGAUGAAGAAUCUGAAAAGACUUCCUGUACCCCGAAAACAAACCGAAUGUGUGUCCCCAAAGACUCUCAACUCAACUUAGGCCUCAUCAUAGGGUUCGUAGUGGCGGGGCUGCUGCUGCUGCUUUUUCUUGCAGGUUUCUGGAAAUCUGGGGCAUGGGGGCGAACAUUGCAGUUGGUGAAAAGAGCCUAUCCAGGCCGUGAACAGCACUCUGAAAAUUCUGUGCCUCUCACGGAACUGCGGACAUCCAACCCGGAAAAUGACUCUCCUGCAGUGAAGGCCUCAGAGGAAUCCGAGGAAGCUCCGGAUUCUCCAACAGAAGCUGAGUCUCUAGUUCCGGCAAAUGGAAUCGACCCAAUUGAUGGACAGCCUGCUGCGUCAGAUGGACCUCACAGACAAUGAGAUUCAAGUGAUCAGGGCUAAAACCCAGGCACCAGGAGAAGCUUUGCAUCAAAUUCUGCUGAAGAGGCUCACGCAGAUAGGUCAGAGUGCUUCCAUCAACAAUCUCUGGAUGCCUUGAAAGCUGUGGAAGAGAGGAAUGCCCUGGACACAAUCAAAGACAACGUAGUGAAAUCUGGAAAGUUCAUUUAUCAAAAAGCUACAGCGGAGCCAGGCAAGAUGAC